AUGGCAUCAUACAACCUCACAACGAUCGCAGACACGCUCCAAGGAUAUCAACGGCGAGAGGUCCGACAGCCCAACAACCGGGCGGUAAAGCAGUAUCUGCUAAAUAAGGGCGUACCUGAGGCCAUCGCGCAGUCAAACUCAAUGAACGAGCUAUGUUACUGGACGGAGAAAGAACUCAAUGAAGCUUUCGACAACCUCACUGUUCCACGAGGUGCGCCCCUCGAUCAGCUGAUCUCAUUCACAGUCCGACAUACUCAAAGCAACAGCGCACACGCCCCGGACUUCGUCAAGCCUUCCUUUGAAGAGAUCCAAGAGUCUGUGAACAAGAUGAGUGCUUUGUGUGUUAAUCGAAGCGGGACAUUUUGUACGAAUCCAGCAGGAGGUUUCGUCGCAUUGUCCCAUGUCUGGUCUCAAGGGCUGGGAGCCGAUGAUGACAAUCGUGGAUUGCAUCGGGAUCUUCUACAUCAAGUGUUUGACAGAGUCGAGCCCCUGGGCAUCAAGUGGGUGUGGACGGACAGCCUCGCGAUCCCAGGAGGAAAGCGGACGCUCCAUUUUCUGGAGGAAGAGGUCAAAGGCACAAUCAUCAACGCAAUGGCCAACAUCUAUCGGGAAGCACGGAUGGUGCUAGUCUUCGAUGCUCUUUGUCUCAGGUUGAACUCGACUGACCCCAUCCAGGCAGCAGUUAUGCUUUCUCUCGGAAACUGGCUGACCCGAAUGUGGACAUAUCAAGAGAUCAAGCUUGCUAAGAUGGCUGUUGUUCUGACGAGCAAGGGGCCUAUCAGUUUCAGCGCGAUCUGUCGGCAUCUGAAGGACAAGGCCAUCAUUGAAUUUGGACAAGAGUGGGAGAGGGAUGCUCGUGGUAAGUACCCAAGCAUUGCCAAAACAUUUGGUCGUCUGCAGCGCAACGACGAGCUUGGUAUCUCGCUUCCCGAUGUUGCCAUAGGGUGUGGAUACCGUGACGCUUGGGACAAGCUGGACUAUGCCCGAGCAAUCUUCCCCACGUUCAACAUUGAGUGGAAGUCGCAUUACAACACCCGUCAAGCCAUGCGCAAGAUAUACUCGACCCAGAGGCGACACGCAUCGCGUCUGGUGCUAUUCCAUGGUCCUCUUCGAGCUUCUUAUCCGGGAUGGGCACCUGCGGUCUUUAACGGUCUCAAGGAUUGUAAGAUCAUCGAGCCUGGAACCUGGAAGAUUCGCGGUCUACAACGCGCAUGGUUGACAACCAAGGUCAAGUUCAUUUUCGAACGGGAGGCUGACAGACUCUACCUGGCUUUGGAAAGCGACCAUGCGGCACAGUGUCAAUCAGUUGCGGUGAUCAGCGAGCAAACUGUGAAACGCGCUUCAGAUAGCAUCUCACUAUUUGAAGAAGCUGUUAGAGACGGCAACGGAUAUCUCCUCACCGAUGAAAGGCUUGAUGCUAACGACAAUCGCCGCUUCUCAAUUGUCGGUCUGCUGGUGGAGAGG